GACGCCGGUCUUCAGGUGAUCCCUGAGUCCAACUCAUUUCUCCGGCGACUAUAGUUUGCUCCGCGUGAGAUCGGCGAGCUCGACGAUCGCGCGCGCACGCAGCGUUCGAUCGCUCGAGCGAAGAGAACUCUUUUAAGUGAAGAUCAUACUUUUUUUGAGUUCUGAGGAGGAGGAUUUUUUCUGGGGUUGACAGAACAGUUGGCUGAGGAAUUUUUCGACAAGAUGACGCACAACGUGAGGAGGGUCUCCAUUGCGGAGAACAUGAAGACGUCGCCGCCGAAACCCAAAGCUGGGUUCGGUGCACGGCACGUUCAGGCGAUACUGCUGACCAGCGGCUUCCUUUGCUGUUACGCCACGAGGGUCACUAUGUCGGUGGCUAUCGUCGCCAUGGUUGACAAGAACAAGACCGAGCACCUGGACUGGGACAAGUCAAAGGAGAACCUCGUACUCAGCUCGUUCUUCUGGGGUUACGUGGUGACACACAUCCCGGGAGGAAUGAUGACCCAGCGCUGGGGUGCCCAGCGGCUCUUCGGCAUAGCCAUGGGUCUCUGCGCUUUGUCGACCCUCGCCAUACCCUUGGCCGCUCAUUAUGGAAGCUAUAUUCUAGUCAUUUGCUGUCGCGUCUUCGCUGGUUUCUGUCAAGGUGUCGUGCCGCCGGUCAUGCACACACUUCUGGGCAAAUGGGUGCCUGUUCAGGAGAGAGGCAGAUUCACGUCGUUCGUGUACUCCGGUGGUUGGGUCGGCAACGUCAUCGCCUUACAGAGCUCCGGAUUACUGUCAGCCUCAAACGCCGGCUGGCCCAGCUGUUUCUACUUCUGGGGAGCCGUGGCACUAUGCUGGUCUGUUCUCUGGCAUUUCUACGGCCAGGAGUCACCGGCUGAGCAUCCCAAUAUCGCCAGCGAUGAGAAACUCUACAUCGAGAGCAGUCUCGGUGUUGUCGAGACCACCGAAACUGUCUCGACGCCAUGGAAGUCGAUCUUGACGUCCAUACCGGUCUGGGCCCUGCUCGUCGCCCAGUGCGCUCAGGCUUGGGGCUUCUGGAUGCUCCUGUCCAAGAUACCGGAUUACAUGAGCAACGUGCUUAAUUACAGUAUUCAGAACAACGGUCUGAUGUCUUCUCUUCCCUACCUCUGCGCCUGGUUGAUGAGCUUCCCGGUGAGCUUCACCUCAGAUUGGGCUAUCCGUACUAACAAGGUGUCGACACGCACGUCUCGCAUGAUCUGCAAUACCUUCGGUGAGGUCUUCCCAGCCCUGGCCCUUGUCGGUCUCGGCUUCGUCGGCAGCAACCAGCAGAUUCUCGCCGUCAGUAUCCUCACCAUUUCUGUCGCUGGUAACAUCGCCAUUUACUGCGGUCAUCAUGCCAACCACAUGGAUCUCAGUCCCAACUUCGCUGGUCCUCUUAUGGGCUUCACCAAUGCCGCGGCUAACGUCUGCAGUAUUCUUGCGCCGAUAGUCCAUGGCUUGAUCGUUACUGAAUCGAAUAACGUAUCUCAAUGGAGGGAAAUUUUCUUCCUGACGGCAGGUAUUUACGUUGUCGGAGCUCUUGCUUUCCUACUCUUUGGUACUGCCAAAGUUCAGCCAUGGAAUGACCCGACAAUGCACAAAAAGAACAGUCGACUAUACGGGUUCCCCGAAGUUCCAUCUAUUCCUGAAUCGCUGAAAGAUACGAAAGCCAAUGAAAAAGAGGAGAAGAUAGAACGAUGAGUGACCCAGACGAUUUAAAAAAAUUUAGAAAAAAAAGUAUACUUAAUCGUGAGGAUAAUUCCAUCCACCUCGUGAACAUCGUCAUUCCGAACAAAGUUCUAUUGAUUGAGAGAUAGAUCCUAUAGAUAAAUUCGUGAUACAAAGCAAUUGUAGAUUGAAAUGAACUCGCGUCUCGAAAGACAGGGCGCUAGUGUGUACAGUAUUCAUUAAGAGCCAUUAGCACAUUCAUUAGUGUAAAUUAUUUAAGUUUAUUAGUUAAAUCGUGUAUUAUUUAUUGCAGUCAACUUGACGUAUCACAAGUUUAAGCUAUCCUACGUAUGUACAAAGUCCUGUAAGUUAAGAAUUUAUUAUAAAUAAUUAUUAUAAAUGCGUGAUAAUCUGCUUGCAGAUUAGUUGGAAAGUUUAAAUUGUAGCUAUCCAUUAGUUAUCCUUUGGCUUCCUAUCCUUUGGUACUUUGCAAGUAUUGUAUAUCGUCCAUAAUACAUAAACGGCGCCGGAAAACGUUACUAAUAACGUGAUACACGUUAUUUCAAAUUUCCGGGAAGUGUUACCCACUGGAAUACUCCAAACAAAGUUGCCAUCACCUUCCUAUUAGAAAAAAAUGGAAUUCCGAUCGAUUACUGAUUUAUACUCAAUUAGAUGUGUUGUGUUAGAAUGUCAUUUAAAAUCAAACAAAAAAUAUAAUUAAUGA